AUGGAAUACCAGGAAAAUGAACAACUGUUUGAAGUGGUAACUGGAGUAAUACAAAGGGCAGCGGCAGAACCAUUCCUAUUCAGUUUCGCUAUCGAUGACAUUGUGGGAAGAAUCGUCGAGUCGAACAGUCCAGCCGACAUCAUCCUAGAACCAUUAAGGCGCCUCUUGACCGAUCUCGAGAACGCUGACGAUGUUGUUAUAUUCGCGGGAAGCAUUACGAAACUCCAACAUGUUGUCAACCUUGUAUCGAAGCUGGCUGCAGCCUACGUCUACGCCCUGAUAAAUGCAUGCAGAUGUGCAUCUCUUCGAGACCUCGAACGGGGAUUUGGAUGGAAAGACAACUAA